AUGGGUUCGCUCGCUAGCUUCCUCUUCGUUUACGCCCUCGGCGGAAUCACUUUCAUUCCACUGGUCUUGUCCAUAAUAUUCCUCUAUGUUUACCUGACCCUUCUACCUGCGCCGCAAUCGUCACAAUCAUGCGAGAAAGCGCCCGAUCCCAUCCGCCAACCUACCGAUGACGACUUGAGUCUAAAGUCUGGCACCGACCAACUAGCAGAGAGAUUCCAUCGCACCCACGAGUCUGAUGUUGCUGCUGGAUACUUUGCCGUCUGUCGUGAAUAUGUUCCCGGUGUCGUCGCGGCCGAGAGUCCUAGCGUGUACCAGACGAUGUACCGGAGCCUGUUCGAUCGAAAGCAGACUCCCAGCAUCGAUCCGGCUAAAGCGAAUGGAAAGACCACUAGGCGUGGGCGAAAUGUUUUUUACAUUGUUCUCCGACAUGGCCAUUUGAUGCUUUACGAUGAUGUCAAUCAGGUCGAGGUGCGCUACGUCAUUUCGCUUGCUCACCACGAUGUGACCAUAUACGGCGGAGAGGGUGAUAUCCCAGAAGGAGAGCUGUGGCUUAAAAGAAAUGCCAUCUGCCUCUCACGGCGACUGGCUUCGCUUGGGGAUUUAGGAGGACCGACUCCACCGUUUUACCUCUUCUCUGAAAACUUGUCUGAAAAGGAGGAUUUCUAUAUCGCUAUGCUGCAGAACCAAAAUCGGCUGUGGGACUCGCCCGAUCGCCCACCAAAGCACCAGGAAUUUGAUACAAAGCAUAUUGUCACAUUGGUCCAGCGCCUGCAUUCCUCCGAAGAGCAGUUGCAGACACGUUGGAUCAAUGCUUUCCUUGGAAGGUGGUUCCUAGCGAUGUACCGAACACCCGAGUUGGAGGAAUCUGUGCGGAGCAAGAUUGUCAAGAAAAUCUCCCGUGUCAACAAACCAAAUUUCAUUAGCAAGAUUGGCUUGCAGAGAAUUGAUAUGGGCGAAGGGGCUCCAUUCAUCACUAACCCAAGAUUGAAGGACUUGACGGUGGACGGCAAUUGCUGUGUGGAGGCUGAUCUGCAAUAUACUGGAAACUUCCGGCUCGAGAUUUCGGCGACUGUGCGCAUUGACUUGGGUCCUCGCUUCAAGGCCAGAGAGGUCGACAUUGUCCUUGCCGUUGUGUUGAAGAAACUCGAAGGCCAUUUGUUGGUACGCUUCAAGCCCCCGCCCAGCAAUCGUAUCUGGAUGGCUUUCGAAACCACGCCGAAGAUGGAAAUGGACAUCCAACCCAUUGUCAGCUCGAAACAAAUUACAUAUAGCCUCAUUCUGCGCACGAUCGAGAGUAAGAUCCGCGAAGUAGUGGCGGAGAGCAUCGUUCUGCCGUUCUGGGACGACGUCCCCUUCCAUAAUACCUUCGGCCAGGCUUUCCGCGGUGGUAUCUGGGAGCAAGACACUCCGGAGCCGAGUGCUCAGGUAGAGAUACCGGAGAUACCGGAUGAAUCCGUCGAAGCUCCCCCGACACCAAAGAGCGUUGCUGGUGAUCCCGUUGAAGUCCUUAAGCCCAGGGAUGAUCGCACGAUGAGCAUGCCUAUUCUUUCUGAGUCCGGAACGGCCAAGAAAAAGCUGCGCAAAGGCCUGAAAUCUUCCCACUCGGAUCUGCAAUCGAGCAGUUCCACUGCAACUUCCACCGGCGUUGAGAGAUCUGACAGCACACAGCUGCCUCGAGCUAUUCGGUCACAGACCUUUUCUCCUGUUGCCGACCCUGUGGUCACAGCGGACAAUGCCAAGGUUGACAAGCUUGUUCCAGAGAAUAGAGGCGUAGACAAGAGCCAUGCAACAAGUGCCAUGAUAGAGAUAUCAAGCCGAUCCCCACCUACAUCCCCGCAACGAACUCCAGGCACCUCGCCACCUACAGGUGGCCUUGCGAUGCCAGAAAAUGCGGUCUACGGCCGUGAAUCAUCGACUGCAGAUUCUAUUGACAGCGCUAGCUUCCCCCAUGAAAGUCUUAUCCAAAGACCUUCUUCUACUCGCAUGGAGGGCGGGUCCUUUUCCAGCUUGAGAAAUUCUCGGGGUAGUUCCACCACGUCCGUUGCCAGCGACACGGCUCGACGACGCAGCACAAUUGAAACCAUCACUAAAACCUUUACACCUUCCGAUGACAAGACUUCCGGUCCAAUGACUCUCGGACAAGCCACUGCGGCGGCCAAGAAAUGGGGUUGGAGCGUAUUUGGCAAGGGUGAUCCAAAUAACGGCCAAGAAUCGUCGCGGGCUCCUCCAGGCGCGUCGCUUAAUCAACCAAUUGGGCGUGGUCAUCCUCAUCCACCACCUGGAACACCCUUGCCCCGUCCAGACAAAUAUGCCUUAAAGAGGAAUGCAGGAGCAUUGCCCAAGCGUAAACCUGUGGCAGCUCAUACAAUUCCUGAGCGCCCAAAGACGGGAGACCAGCAACCUCCGCCAUCACCUUUACCCCGCAGGAAAACAAUGAUCCCUGAAGUGCGUGUCGAUCAAGGCAUUGACGAACUACUUGUGGUUGAGGCACUUCAAGACUCUGAGCCGAAUAGCCCAGCCCCUGGGGACUUCGAACCAGACUCUAGUCUGAUAGCCCCGACUCCUGUCGAGAGUGAGACAUCAUUAAAGACAGAACGGAUUGAGGCUGAUUCUAAGAGACAAGAACCGCUGCCUGCUAUUGAGUCACCGCACCCUGUUGAUCAGGAGCCUUCUCCAAUGCCAGGAAAUCAUGAGGCCUUGCCAUCUACUGGAAGUGUGGGAGCACCAUCAUCGUAA